UGCCUGGUGGGCACAGCAGCAUUGGCUAAGAAGAAGACAAAAAUCUUCUUUUCAGAAAUGGAGCUAUUUAACCAAAGUAAACAACGUUCUGUGGAUAUCAAUCAUUUAGAUCAACUUACAAUUUAUUUAACUAUGGUGUACUGUGUUUAUCUAAUUUAGAAACAUGGACGGCAGAUAUGUGUUGAAGCCAUGGAUAGGAAAUAUUUUUUUCGAAUAAAUCACUGAAAAAAUGAGCUCAGAUACAUCGGAUGAGGAAAACUUAGAACUUCUCAGAGAAGCGACCGAUCCCCAGUUCAUCAAUGAUUGUAUGUUUAAAGAUAAAAGCAGUGACUCCUCUGUGAUAACAGUUAACAUUCGAGAACAGUUGCCUUCAUUACGGAAAAACAAGGACGAGGAUGAACAAUACAAUUUUUUUCGAGUGACCCCUGAGUUUAGAGGUUUUGUAGCAAAAAGACUCGCUCGCAGUUUAGAUGACUACUUGGAGAGUUUGUUGGUUGAUACUUCAGAGGUAGUAUUUCCUAGGAAGCAAAGUAAAAAUUCUGGUAUUAGGUUAUUUACUAGUUCUGAAUCAUUUUUGAAAAUUAAAAAACUCUCUAAAAAUGUUAGUGUAUGUGACCGUAAAGUGAUAAAGCGACAGGUUAGUCUUAAACCUUACAAUUCAGAAAAGGUAUCAAACGACGUACUUAGACAACUCGCAGUCAAUCCUGACGAUAUUUUAAGUCAGAAAGAGGUCAAACACUGGUCAACUAGAAGUAAAGGCCAGGUAUUUAGGUAUAAACAAACAAAAGGGGGUCAAUUAGUGCAAAUUGAGCGUGAAUUUAAGUCAUACCAUUCCAAUUGA